CUGGGACACAAGCUGUCAAUCUGCUGCUGCUCUCUGAGCUGCCUGGAGUGUCGUUCUGCAGCGUUUGGAGGAAAAAACACGACCUCAGCCUCACAAAUCCAGCUCCUCUUCCAGAUGCAGACCUGAAGGUUCUCUGCAGCAGAAACUCCUUCUGAAUCUUCAGGAACCACCAUGACGUCCGUGUUCCUCCUCUCUGACGGACUCCGCUUCCUCUCUGACAUCCAGGACCCGUUAGAGAACCCGGAGCCCUGACGCUGAGAGGGGACAGUGAACGUGUCGCUGGGAGCUGCAGAGCGGUGCUGCGUUCAGGUUCAUGUUUGUGUGUGGGGGCUGUGAGCGCUCGCUGCAGCCUUGGAUCCUCAGUGGAACCAGAGUCCGUCCGGACGCGCCGCCUUCGGGCCGGAGGCGCUCCAGACCAGUAACUACUCCCUGGUGCUGCUCAUCCAGCUCAGCCUGCUCACCUUCGACCUGUUCGUCAACUCCUUCAGCGAGCUGCUGAGGACCGAGCCGGCCGUCCAGCUCGUCCUCUUCAUAAUCCAGGACAUCUCCAUCCUGUUCAACCUGAUCAUCAUCCUGCUGAUGCUCUUCAACACCUACGUCUUCCAGGUGGGCCUGGUCGCCGUCUUGUUGGACAGAUUUAGGUCUCUGCUGAUGCUCUCUGCUCUCUACCUGACCUUCAGCAUCGUCCUGCACUCCUGGCUCAUGAAUCUGCGCUGGUUAAACACCAACAGGUUCAUUUGGACGGACGGUCUUCAGGUGCUGUUUGUGUUCCAGAGAACCGCUUCCGUGUUGUACUACUACUUCUACAAGAGGACGUCUGAGUAUCUGGGCGACCCUCGGCUCUAUGAAGACUCACCGUGGCUGAGAGAGCUGUUUGCUCGAAGCAGACAGUGA